CAUGUCUGAGUUUGAAGUGAGCGUUCACACCUCACCUGGUCCCACCUGUGGAACCUUCAGCCGCCUGUGGCUCAGCCUGAUUGGCUCAGAGGGCGAGACUCCGCCCCUCAGUGUGAACGAAGGCGACCGCCGUCUGCUGCCAGGUUCGACGUGUUCGGUUCUGGUUCGGUCCAGCGGCUCUCUGGGUCAUCUGGUUCUGGUCCGGCUCCGGUUGGAGGUGCAACCCGGAUUCCCUGCCUUGGACUGGCACUGCAGCCGGGUGGAGGUCUGCCGGCCACCUGACGGACAGGAAGGGGCGGAGCCAGAAACUCAGGUGUUCCUGUGCGACAGGUGGCUGCAAACAGCAGACGAAGACGUGGAGCUGAGGAGUGGAAAGUUGUGUUUGCUGCAGGACGAGACAGAAGAGGAGCUGAAGCUGCAGCGACUUCGACAGCUGCAGCGACAGCAGGAACUCAUCAGGUGGCGAAUGACUGUCGACGGUGUCCCUCAGUGUGUCGACCUAAACAGUGUGUCUGAACUCGGGCCAAACCUUCGCUACACUCGCAAAAGUUCAGGUGCCAACCUGACCUACCUGAAAGGCUUCACCUGCCGAGCCGAAGCCUGGACAAACUUCUCAGAGCUGGAGACGGUUUUCACCCACAGUGGACACCAGAACAGCAUCGCCAGGUUCGUUCAGGCUCACUGGAAGGACGACUGGUAUUUUGGCCACCAGUGUUUGAACGGCUGCAACCCUUUGCUGCUGCGUCAGACCCACAUCCUCCCUUCAAACCUGUCCGUCACCGCCAACAUGCUCCGCUCCUUCCUGCCCGAAGGCUCCUCGCUCCAACGCGAGCUCCAGGAAGGGAGGAUUUACCUGUUGGACUACGAGGUUUUGGAUGGCGUCCCGGCCAACGUGGUCAAUGGGAAGCAGACGUACCUGUCGGCGCCGCUGUGCCUCCUUCACCUGAACCAGCAGAGCCAGCUGGUCCCCAUUGCCAUCCAGUUGCAGCAGAACCCGGGUCCUCAGAACCCGGUCUUCCUGCCCUCUGACCGUGGCUCUGACUGGCUGCUGGCUAAGAUCUGGGUUCGUGCUUCCGACUUCCAGUGUCACCAGCUGGUGUCGCACUACCUGAGGACCCACGUGAUUGGGGAGCUGUGCUGCGUGGCCACGCUGAGGCAGCUGCCCGAUCUACACCCGCUGCACCAGCUGUUGAUGCCACAUAUUAAGACGUCGCUGCAGAUAAACCUUCAGGCCCGAACGUCUCUGCUGGCAGCUGACGGUGUGUUUGAUAAGGCGAUGGGCUCUGGUCUGAAGACGUUACCCGUCCUGCUGUCCCGGGCCUCGGCCAAGACCACCUAUCGGUCCCUGUGCAUCCCUGAUGACCUGAAGGACCGUGGCUUGGACAACCUGCCGCAGAGCUACUACGCUCAGGACGCACUGAAGGUCUGGGACGCACUGCACAGUUUUGUAGUCAGUUGGGUAAAUGUUUAUUACAGCAGAGACGAUGACGUUCAGUUGGACUCGGAGCUUCAACACUGGAUCACAGAUAUCAACACACACGGCUUCACGCACAACUCAGGUUUCCCUCAGUCCUUCAACACCAAAGCUGAAGUGUCCAAGUUUGUCACGAUGAUCAUUUUUUCGUGUUCAGCUCUGCACUCUGCUGUUAACUUCUCUCAGCUGGACUUCGCUCUCUGGAUGCCCAACUGCCAGGUGGCCAUGUUGCGUCCUCCUCCGCAGGUCAAAGGCGGCGUGACAGAGGACGACAUCCUGUCCUUCCUGCCCGACGUCAACUCCACGUGUCGCGUCCUGAUGACACUGGAGAUGCUGUCGCAGCCCGCCCACGACUCUGUUCCUCUGUGCCACUACAACGAGGCCAUCUUUGCAGACGGCGCCCACCGCAGGCUGGUGGAGGAGGUGCAGGCUCAACUUGCCGCCAUUUCUAAAGACAUCGUCAAGCGCAACAGCCGGCUGGAGCUGCCGUAUCCGUACCUCUGUCCAUCACACAUCGAGAACAGCGUCGCCAUCUGACCUCAUCCGACAGCAGCAAUUAUUGAUAACAGGAGUGAAAAUCCAUCAAACCAUUAUUAUUACUAUCAAUUAAUUGAUUAUAUUGUAUUUUAAUCAAAUUAAUGUUCUGUAAAAUGUCAGAAAUCAUAUCUACUGAUUGAUUGUUUUAGCUCAUGAUAACAAAGAGCCAGCAGUGGAACAAGUACUUUAAAUACUGAAGUAAAAGUAGUAAAAUUCUACUUCAGUAUAACAAUCAACGGCCCAUAUUAGAGUCAUAUUUAUCAUGUUACUGGAUGAAAACCACGUGUUUGUGUGCUUUUUAAGGUGAAACCAAUUUAAAUUAGUUGAAUUUUCUUCAUGUGAUCAGUAGUUUUAUUUUAAUCUUCAAUAACGCACCAUGAUCUGUUUUCUUAUUACAUACUGUGCUGUUAAUCUGAAUCUAAUCACUUGGAAUGCAGUAAAAAGUGCAAUAUUUCAGUCUGGAUAUACUGGAGUACAAAUAUAAAGUGGUAUAAAAUCAAAGUAAAGUCCAGGCACCUCAAAACUGUACAACUGCAGCUGCAUACAUGCCUAUAAAUGUGAUUUAAAUUUUAAAAAUUUAAAUUUAAAUAAAAUGCUUACUUACACAUCUUUGGAUUCGUUGGUUUUUCAUGUGUAAUUUUAUAGGAUUUUAACCUUAAUAUCAAAAUUAAUAAAUGAUUAACAACA